AUGCUCUACAACAUGCACUGCCAUGGUAUUCGCGUCGCCGCAACUCGCGCAUGCCGUUAUGCGGCUUCCUCGCUCGGCGUUCCCGACGUGCACAUCCCCUACUUGCACCGCCGCUGCCUGCUCAGAGGCGGGGUGCUGGAGCUCCAGCGAGAAAUUUGCUCAGUCCGUGCGCGGAGUCCGUGCGGGCUGUUUCCCUCAAUCCCCCAGCUUUCCUCCUCCUCCUCCUCUCUUUCUCUCCCCAGUACCACACCACACACCGAAGAGGGAACGGACUACUCUCACAAGCUCCGCCUGAUUGCAGUUCCAAGCCGGGGACGCCCGCGUCUUGUGUUCUUGCACAAAGGGCGUUUGACGCUGCCGAGGGUGGGAAGGGAACUUCAGGUGGGCAUUCAACAUGCCAGCAUUCAACAUGCACCGAGUGGGAAGCACGGCACCCCGGUGUCUCCAGACGCAUGGCCGCAGAUAGCUCCCUUCGAUAGCUCGCCUCCAGUGACAGCCGUCGCUGGCGGACCAGCGACGGCUGCCACACCUUGCGUGACAUGUCUCCUCCAUGGAGCGGCGGACUUGGACAAAAGCCCUCAUUUCGAAGAGGCCAUCAGCACCUCAUUGUCGACGAGGUUUUCAAGCCCUCAUGUCGAAGAGGCCUCAAGCCCUCAUGUCGAAGAGGCCGUCAGCACCUCAUUGUCGACGAGGCUUCAAGUCCUCAUGUCGAAGAGGCCUGUAAGCCCUCAUGUCGAAGAGGCCGAGGCUCAAAGCCCUCUUGUCGACGAGGCCAUCAGCACCUCAUUUCGAAGAGGCUCAAAGCCCUCUCGUCGACGAGGCCAUCAGCACCUCAUGUCGGAGAGGCUCAGCACCUCAUGUCGAAGAGGAUUCAAGACCUCAUUGUCGACGAGGCCAUCAGCACAAGCCCUCAUGUCGAAGAGGCCAUCAGCACCUCAUUUCGAAGAGGCCCAAGACCUCAUUGUCGACGAGGCAUUGUCAAGACCACGUUGUGGCUACAAGAGUGAUGCCCGGCCGGAGGACAUGAGGCGGACUUCGUUUCCACCGCCGCCAUGUCCUCCAGCGGCCUGCCCUCACUUCCCCUGGUCCCCUCCCCUCUUGUUCUUCAUUCAUGAUCGGCCACGCCGGCCUUCGACGCCGACCGACGGCGGCAUCCUCGCUCUUCGACUGCGAGAUGCUCAGAGAAGUAUACCCUUUUGCGUUCCCACUGACUUCGGCAGCAUUACUGUUGGGUUGUUGGCUUUCGUGCUUGUUGGCUCCGGUCACAAGUACACUUUCCUCCGGGUUGGGUCGUCGGGCACUUUGUGCCAGUAG